AUGGGUCGCCCGUGGGUGUGUCAGGAGGUGGCAGCAUGUGGAAAGCUCUUUAAAGCUCCCACCGAACAGGGACCAAGGGCGUGCAUAACGGUCAAGGGGCUGGAUGCACGUCUCUUGCCCGGGGUAUGUUCUAGGGACCUGACGGCGGUGGAGGUGAAGACAGCUGGCGGUGCUGGAGGCACCAGGAGGCUGGUCAUCUGCUCGGCCUACUUCCCGCAUGGAGAGGAGACACCGCCGAAGGAGCUAGUUAAGUUGGUGGAUCUCUGUCAGAAGGAAGGACUGCUACUGGUGAUUGGGUGCGAUGCUAAUGCACACCACACCAUAUGGGAAAGUACCGAUACGAACGAAAGGGGAAGGAAGUUGCUGGAGUAUUUGGUAACGACUGACCUGGAGGUUCUGAAUAAAGGUAACGAACCCACCUUCUGUGCGGCCGGGAGAAGUGAGGUAUUAGACCUCCCUCUCUGUUCACGUGGGUCUGUGCGGAAAGUGAGGGAAUGGAAGGUGUCGGAUGAGCCAUCGCUCUCCGACCACAGGCUAAUAUCUUUCAGACUUUCAGGUCUCCAAAUGAAAGUCAAGAAGAUAAGGAACCCAAAGAGGACAGACUGGGACUCCUAUCAGAGGGACCUCAAGGAUUUUCCCAGAAAGCACGGGACGGCGGGGGAGUUGGAGCUCUGCGUGGAUUAUCUGCAAAGGGCUCUGGUUGGCUCCUAUGAGGCGAACUGUCCGGCCAGGACAAUCAUCAACAACAGGGGAACCCCCUGGUGGAAUCCACGGUUGCAGAGUCUCAGGGUCAAGGCUCAAAGAGCCUGGAACAAGGCGAGGAACACGGGCCGGCCCUCCGACUGGGAUCUUUACAGGAAGACUCAGAAGGAGUAUAGAGGUUCUGUGGUAGAAGCAAAGAAGAAGAGCUCUAGGGAUGGUGGAGGAAUGGUGUGA